AUGCCCGAAACGGAAUUCGAAUUAAUUAGCAAGGAGUGGCUGCAAACGAAGCUGCGCUCCAUAUCAGCCUCUUCGUCUCUACGUGAUGCCAAAGAUUUAAUCAUAUUGGACUGUCGCAGUUCCAAUGAGUUCAGUGAGUGCCAUAUACGCUCGGCUGUCAACUUCUCCAUACCCAGCAUAAUGCUGAGGCGUUUGGCGGCUGGCAAAAUCGAUCUAUUGUCCACCAUUAAAUCGCCGGAUCUAAAGGAACGGAUACACAAUGGCUAUAAGGUUAGCCUGUUUGUGCUCUACAAUGAUGUGGGUGUUGGUGGGGGUGGCAAUGCGGCGGAUUGUCCCCAAUCCAUGGACCUAAGUACCUCUUCGAGUGGUCCAGGUGUUAUGGGUGUCAGUCCCGAUACCACCAUUAAUGUUUUACACAAACGUCUAAAGCAGGACGGUUGUCGCGUGGUUUCAUUGAGAGAUGGUUUCUGCAGUUUUCGUCAAACAUUUCCGGAAUGGUGUGAAGAUGAUAGUCUACAAAACAAAGAAAUGGAAUCUAGUCGUAGCACCCAGGCAGAUCAAUUGAUGGGUUUAAGGUCUCUACGUAUAUCCACACCACAUUCCGAUUCGGCCUGUAGUAGCUCAGCCGAAUCAAGUGAUUGUGAAGGAACCUCACAUCAUAACUUAAAUGAGGCACCGGUUGAAAUAAUUCCGAAUCUAUUUUUAGGAAAUGCCAUGCAUAGUAAUGAUGCCAGAGCUCUACAAAAAUACAAUAUAAAGUACGUUUUAAAUGUAACUAAAGAUCUUCCAAAUGUCUUCGAAGCUUCUGGCGGCAUUCAAUAUCUACAAAUACCCAUAACUGAUCAUUAUUCCCAAGAUUUGGCGAUGCAUUUUCCCUCUGCCAUACAAUUCAUUGAGGAAGCUCGUUCUAAAAAUUCGGCCGUGCUGGUUCACUGCCUGGCUGGCGUUUCACGUUCUGUUACCGUAACGUUGGCCUACUUAAUGCAUACGCAAGCUUUAAAUCUCAAUGAUGCUUUUACUCUGGUACGAGAUCGGAAACCGGAUGUAUCGCCAAAUUUCCAUUUUAUGGAACAGCUGCAUUCGUUCGAACGUCAGCUACGUUUGAAUACCAACGAGGCCAUGGAUCAAAGUGGCAGUGGUGUGGGUGUCAGUGUCAUUAGCACGGACAUCUCCAUGGGUCCCUGUGGUUCAUCGAAAUUUUCCUGUAAUUGUAUAUCGACAGAUUGCAAGUGCAUACAAUCUGGCGGAUAUAUAGCCCAGUUGGCCAAAGCCGCUACCGGAAUUUCACCCGAUUCCGGUAUUGAAUUUGACCGAUGGACCCCGUCAUCGGAUACAGGACUUAAAUGAGAUCAACUUGUAGGAAAAAGUUUUGUACUGCCACCCACCACAAAUGAGCCGCUGCAGUCGCUAAAUGCCGACAAUAUGUCGCCGGCUUCCACCAACUCUUCCUCAACUUCGACCACAACCACCAUCGAAGCGGUGUCCGUGGUUGAGGUCAACAAGAAGCCCAGCGCCGAAGAGUGAGUGCAAUGUAAAACAAAACAACCAGGACGUACAAAACCUUUUCCUACUCGAUUUAGUCUGCCACAGCACACAUUUUUUUGUCUCCCUCCCCCCAACUCUUCCUUUAAUCCUAAUCUAUUGUUUAACCAAAAGUUUAAGAUCCUAUUUUUUAUUAUUAAAAAUAAUUGUAUAUUAUUGUAUUACACACCUGAGAAUAUAUAUUUGGGUUUAUUAAGUUUCCAUUAUAGAGGAAAAACAAACAAAAAAAAAACCUCUGCCACAUACAUAUAGUUGAGUUGUAUUCUUGAAGAAACAAAAACAAAACAAAAAAGUAAACACCCAUGUGUUAAAUUGUUAUUAAAAUGUAUUUAAUUUUAAGUAAAAAAAACAUAAAACCAACAAAC